UAGAUGUUUGGACCAGGUGUUAAUCUCAGAGCUCUCACAGAGUUCGUAAAUGUUUACGUGUCAUCAUCUCUGUUUUCUUCUGCCUUCCUUCCAUAGUACCACCGCUAAUGCAUGUGCAUUAUGUACUUUCUUUCUUUGCUUACAAAUGAAAACACGUUAGCCACCCUUUUGCAUCUACACGUUUUCCUUUUCAACUUUCUAAUAAUACUUCAACUGUCAAAUGCCAAUAACCAGCCACUCUAUUUUUAGCUGCAUUUUCUGCCUUUUAUUCUGAUUAUUGCGCUCUGCAACACUUUUCAGGAGGUUGGCGUGUGUAUAUAUAUGAUUUGGAUAUUUGUUACAUCAGCAUAGAUCGAUCACAUUUCCAGUAUGAGAGGUGGUCGUCUUGCAGAUGCUUACUCCAUCUACAAACGUGCAUCAACUAAAGACCAGUGUACUGAUUAUGAAGAUAGACAAGAGAAUAUAGGUAGUCCAGAAAAUGGUGUGUGGAAAGAAAUUGGAAACCCCUCAUGGAAGCGCCCAUUGCCGCAUAUACUGGCGGCAAUUAUUUCGUCAUUCUUGUUUGGCUACCAUCUUGGCCAAGCUUUCCUAGCAUACUCGAAAGCAGCAGCAGAACUAGAAGAAAUGGUAGUGAAAAUGGUUUUUGAGAGCAAUGGUGUAGAGAAAUACUAUGAAACACACGUCAAAUCAGUGAAUUAUUCAGCAAGAGUAAUGAAAUAUAGAGCAGCCCAAGCAGAAGAAGCAAAACUGGGAUUUGUUGCUCAUACAGACGAAAGUUUUAUGUCAACAAUCCAUCAAAAUCAAGUUAAUGGUUUGGAGAUCAAAGGGAAGGAUGGUCGGUGGUUCGGAGUUGAGCUUCCCCCUUCCUCCGUUGUCGUCAUGACCGGCGAUGCAAUCAUGAAAUUGGAUUUUCAAUCGGACUACGAGUUCGAAAUUUGCAUCGAGUUGGCUUGUCGUUGGUGCUUUGUCGCUGUUGAGGUCUCCUACACGAGUUUUCGGCUCCGGAUUUCUUUAUUAUUACCGACAAGAACGAAUUUCGUGAAGGCAUGGAGCAAUAACAGGAUAAAAGCUCCACAUCAUAGAGUGAUAAAGGAAGAGAAAGGAGCAAGAUACUCCAUUGCACAAUUUUCUUUUAUGGAAGAUUCAUUUAUAGUUGAAACACCAAAAGAGAUGGUUGAUGAAGAGCACCCUUUAGUGUUUGUUUGGACGGUGGUUUGUGAUGGUUUCAUAAUGUAUGGUAUUGUAUGGUAUGAUAUUGUACAGUACAAUAUAAUACAAUGUUUGAGUGGGCUGUAUCGUUCACUGUUGUUUAAUAACAGUUUUAUUAUUUGAUUUGA